AUGGACGAUUACCGUCGUUAUCGAGAUAACAAUUCAAGAAAAGAACUUUUCUCUGGUGCAACUAAUAAUCAAGGUCAAGGUGGAGGAUAUCCACCACCGUCAGGAUAUCCACCACCGUCGGGAUAUGGAAAUCCAUAUUAUGGACAACCACCACCACCAUAUGGACAACCACAACAACAUCAGGAAACUGAAGAAGAUAUUGACGAAAUCAAGUCUCAAAUUAGAGCUACUAAACAAGAUUCUGUAGCAUCUACUGUGCGUUCUUUAAAGUUGAUCGAUGAUGCUGAAGCAUCUGCGCAAACGACAUUAAAUAAACUUGCUGAACAAUCUCAUCGUAUAAACUACACUGAUCGACAAUUGGAUCUUGCCGAUGCACACGCUGAACGUGCUGAAGAACAAGCCGCUAAGUUAAAAAAGAUUAAUGGAUCUAUGUUUGGUUUUGAUAUAAGCAAUCCAUUCAAUAAAAAGAAACGAGAAGAAGCUGAAUUAGCUCGUAUUCAAGCUAUGCAAGAAGAACAAAGAGCCAGUCGAGAAAAUAUGAGAGCAGCAAAUUGGGAUACUCAACAAAGAGUUAAUAGUGUUCAAAAACAAACUCAACAAGGUUACGCUCAAAGACCAAAUAAUUCAUCAACAUCAACUAAAUCAACUUCUCGAAGUCGAUUCCAAUUUGAAGCCGAUGAAGAAGAUGAUCGAUUAGAAGAUCAAAUAGAUAAUAAUUUGGAUGCACUUUCAUCGGGUUUGUCUAGAUUGAAUGCAAUGGCUGUGGCAUCAGGAGAUGAGAUUAGAAAACAAAAUGUUGUCCUCGAUCGUAUUUCGAAUAAGACUAAUGAUUUGGAUACUCGUAUUGCAGGAACAACUCAUAAAUUGAAAAAGAUUACAUAA